GCGUGGGCAUCAUCCAACAAGAGCCUCAUCUUGCACAGAACACAAAUUAGAGCACGAAAAUAGAAUAAUUCGGAUCCGGAUAGUCCACAAGACUAGGCGCAAAACCUUCAGCCUAGCAAUAGCAAGUGCAAGCUGCUCGAGGAAAUCCUUGUAGUGUUGUCCGGCCUACCUUUCCACCUCAGUCCUGCCUCCCAAGAUUCUUCCGUACUUUCCCCCUCCACCAUCGUCUAGAUCUCCCCCAACUCCUCAGUAAUCCGGACCAUCGACCGCGUGCUCUCGCUCCCUGUUCUGUCCGCCGCCGCCGCCGCAAGCUGUCGUGCUGUGUCGUCGGCGACCUCGCCGCCGAGGUCCUCUUCCCCGCCCGCCGCUCACAGCCUCGUGGCGGACUCGCUGUGGAGUGGAGUCCAGGUCCAUCCAGCCGGACGGGCUCGAAUCGACUCAUUUCGUUUCGUUGGUUUCUAGAUGUUGAUCACUUCUAUCAGAAGAGUUGCUUAUGGAUGAUUGUAUGACUGUAGCUUGCUAGAUCGGAAGGCCCGGCUUUCCUGAUUAUACAUCUACACCAUGGCACCACGCAGUAGGUCUUCAUCUAGAAGGCCUCUCUGGUUCGUCGUCUUGAUUGCUUUUGUCUGUGCAGUAGCCAUUGGAGCCUAUCUUUAUACUCCACGGCAUUACACAUCUUGUUAUCUGGUACCAUCAGAAGGCUGCAAUACUCGGCCUCCUCCAGAACCUGCUAGGGUAUACACUGAUGAUGAGAUUGCUGCUCGUGCUAUCAUGAGAGACAUCAUCCGGGCACGGCCAGUGCCGUCGAAGAAUCAAAAAAUUGCUUUCAUGUUCUUGACGCCCAGUUCAUUGCCUUUUGAGAAGCUCUGGGAGAAGUUCUUCAUGGGGCAUGAAGACAGAUACACCAUAUAUGUACAUGCAUCAAGAGAUAGGCCGAUUCAUUCGAGUCCAAUAUUUGCUGGCAGGGAUAUUCGAAGUGAAAAGGUGAUCUGGGGUACAAUUUCUAUGGUUGAUGCUGAAAAGAGGCUCUUGGCUCAUGCCCUACAAGAUCCUGAAAACCAGCAUUUUGUCUUGCUUUCUGAGAGUUGUGUGCCACUUCAUAACUUUGAUUAUAUAUAUAGUUAUCUCAUGGAGACAAAUGUCAGCUUUGUUGACUGUUUUGAUGAUCCUGGUCCACAUGGAGCAGGAAGAUAUUCUGAUCAUAUGCUACCUGAAAUUGUGAAGAGAGAUUGGAGAAAAGGUGCACAGUGGUUCACAGUGAAACGGCAGCAUGCAAUUCUUAUUCUCGCUGACACCCUUUACUAUGGGAAGUUCAAGCGUUACUGUAAGCCAGGAAAUGAAUGGCACAAUUGCUAUUCUGAUGAGCACUACUUGCCAACUCUCUUUAAUAUGGCUGAUCCGACUGGAAUUGCCAAUUGGUCAGUGACACAUGUAGAUUGGUCCGAAGGGAAAUGGCAUCCUAAAGUCUAUAGGGCGGUUGAUACAAGCUUUGAGCUGCUGAAGAACAUUUCCUCCAUUGAUGAGAGCGUUCAUGUUAGCAGCAAUGCAAAGCAUGUAGCGCAGAGAAGACCUUGCAUGUGGAACGGCAUGAAGCGGCCCUGCUACCUGUUCGCGCGCAAGUUCUACCCCGAGGCGCUCGACAACCUGAUGAACAUAUUCUCAAACUACACCAUCAUCUGAGGACCGGAUCAGAGGCUCCAGCAGUUAUUUUCUUUCCUCCCGUGUGCUGUUGCGUCAGCGCGACCUUGGUACUAGGUGAGCGGUGUAGGGGAUGUACUUGGUGAUGGAAUCCAUUAGCUGAUGAGAAUCCAGUGCUGCUCCUUACUCUGGUAGAUUACUGAUGAUGGCUGGACUCUAGGUUUUUUGCUAGAAAAUUUUGCUGGUGUAAACAUUAGCCCGGUGUGAUGUAUGAACUGUUCUGCUGAUGAAUUGGGUCGUAUCACGUAUGAUGACUUCGUUUUUCCGCAA